UCAUCUCUCAAGUGACUUUUGCAGUGCAAUUUGUCAUUGAAAUAGAUUAACAGUGCCAUUCAAUGUGACUCUCUUUGUAGUAUAGGUAGUAAAGAGGGUGAAAAAUUGUGAAGUGGAUGAACAAGAGAGUGGAAAAACCUGGAAAAUCUAUAUUCUCCAUCAUAUGCACAAAAGCUCUAGAAACAAGCCAUAUAUAAAACUCUUUCGAACAUUAUUAUCCUGAAAUUAUCCUCUAACAUCAUUUUCGCCACACCGCAACCCCCAUCAAACCAGGUGAACGAACAAACGCAGUGAAAAAGCAGCACGAAGGUGUCUGUCCACACCCUCCUCUCCCCCAUCCAUUCUAACCCUCUCCCAAGCCCCUCAUUCAACAUCUGUCCUCCCCGCCGCAUCCACACCGAAACCCCACAAAAAAAGGAUUGUUGUAAUAAUAUAUAAAAACCCCGUGUGGCAAAUUUCGUGGGAAAUUCCCACCGUUUUGUGAUGAAUUAAUGGUGAAGGUGCUAAAAAGGUGAAUUCACUGGGUGCUUGUGUUCGAGACCAGGACGGUCUCUCAACCAUGGAGGAGGCCUCGUCGGCCCAGAAAAAAGGGACGCCCGGCCUCACCAUCGAUCGGGCGGCUUUCCUUCUGCUGCGCGUCAAGAAAGCCUUCAAGAAGAAGCGUCAGCAACGGAAGGAGAAGCAAGCCGCUCAAGCUGCCGCCGCCCUCGCUGCCCAGACGUGUGGCGGGAAGUCCUCGAGAGGCCGUCCUGCACCCCUUCUACGUUCCAGAACACUGCCUGCCAUCAUUGUGCCCGGAAUUUCAAUUCUGCACACGCAAAUCGAUCCAAAUCGCCUCAAUACCGAGGGUUUUCCCAACACAGGCUUCGCUGCACGUUUAUCCCUCCAGCCACGUACUUCGCCAAGAAUCUCCCUGACCAGCGAUGAUUCAAGUCUCGAUUACCGACGCAGGAGUGCCGGUACCUUCUCAACGACAUCAACAACGAGCAACACGGCGAUCAAUACCGCCGAGCCCUAUAUUUAUGCCUUUGACGACCUGGAACGCCAUCCGGAUGGAACUGUGGUGCUACGCAUCCCUGCACCCCAUGUCGUUGCCGCGAGAGCCUAUAGAAUGUCCGGUGGAAGUGCAUCCGGUCCGUCGGGUGUCGCAGCCACUUCAGCCUCAAUUUCCGACACAUCUGGAAGCUCUGCACAGGGAACAACAAGCUCCCAAGGGGGAACAACAGCUCUCUACAGAUUAGCCCGACUUCUCAAUCAGUCCAAGACCACCUCAAGUCCUGUCCUCAAAGAUGAUGCCCCACGGAGGUUAUCAUGGGAGAGAAGAGAUCAAAACAACCGUCUUCCACGUUCUGCCAGCAUUGAUUCAAUGGUGGAGGCGGUUUGGAGUGAUUCUCCGCGACCAUCACUCACGCCCUCCGCUGCUGCAAUGCCCAUCGUGACCAUCGUUCAACCACAGCCAUCCCCGCAACUUCUGCAAGUCAACUAUGCUGACACACCAAGUCGUCGGGAGAGUCUUCUGAGUCCCAGUACAGGAAGAAGGAGCAGUAAAGCAUUCCGAGGGAUUGCCGCACUUUUCUCAGCCGUGGAGCAUGGGCAUUUGGAGAAGGCGAGAACAAUCUUAGAAUCCACAGAUGUUGAUGUUAAUAGCGUUAACAGUGAUGGAUUGGCACCAUUAGAUGUGGCUGUCUUGAGCAAUAAUCGCUCAAUGACAAAGAUGCUCCUUCAGCAUGGUGCUACAGACAGGACGCAGUUUAAAGGUAACAACACCUUGGGAGGUCACCUCAACUCCCUGCUGAGAGAUGCUGAGAAUCGAAUUCAGGAGUUGGGGAGCGCCGAUGAAAUCCCACAGACGCCAUACAGUACAAGGGCGUCGUUCUCUAGUAUUAUUGGGAAUGCGUAUACGGGGCCCUCUGUUACGGGAUGUACCGGCACGGAGACGGAUAAACAAAUUGGUCUGUGGGAACGUCGUGUGAAGGGAUUGAGGCGAAUGCUUUUAGGAUGGGAUCAGGCACGACCACCAGAUCCACCCAAUUCUGUUCUCGUGGACGUUGUUGGGCCCUCAUCAGUGUCCAUACGCAUCUAUGAACCCUCCGAAGGACCUCUAGGCACAAAAUUCAAAGUUCAAUGGUCAUCCAGGGCGGAUUUCAGCAACAUCGUGGGUGAGUGCGACAUCACGGAGUGGAAUAGUUUUCAGGGUACAAUGGGUGCCACAUGUCGUAUUGGAGAUCUCACCCAGGGUCGUCGAUACUUCUUCAGGGCAUGCCUUGGGAAUAUCAAGGGUUUCGGUGGCUAUCGCACAUCAUGUCCCUCGAGUGUUGUCCCAUCGAGUUGGUAUGAUGUUGAGCAGCGUGAGAAUCGCUUUGUGGGUCGUCAGAGAGUUCUCGAUGAACUCUUUGCCGCCGUACGUCUAGCACGUCCGGAGGAUGCCAGCAAUAUACCCCUCGAGACACCCGCACUCCAACGAAGGAAUCCCAAGAAGAAGACCACAAUUAAGCAACUUUUCUCAGCUGCCAGCAAAUUCCAGAAGAAUCUACGGAGAGGAAUCUACUUGGCUUGCAUUUUGUACCAUGAAGAUAAGGUGCUCGUGACAAAUGAAGAUUUCAUCCCUGUAAUUGAAAUUGAUGAGACAUACCCCGGAUGUCUGCAUACGGAUUACCAUUGGCUAAUGAAGGUGGCCUGUACGUGGGAUGAUGUUAAAUCCUUACGAACGGACAUGGAGCGAAAUGCCACCUCAGCUGUGCAUUUCCGUACCAAACUCCUAACAGCGGCGUGUCAAAUGCAAUCAGCACUUUGUAUCACGGAUUUGGGGCAGCUCUUCCACAAACCACUACGAGAUUCCCAUGGGACUGUUGUUUUAAGCUGUGUUAAUUUUAUCAAGAGCCCAAAAACAAUUUCGGUGCUGAAUUCACGGUGGAUGCCGCUCAAUAAAGUUCACAAGAAACUAUCGGCAUUGCAUGAGGAUAAUAAUAUCAAUGAAAUUCUCAUGAAUUCCAUUCAGGAACAGAUAAAUUACCACCAGGCAUCCGCCAUACGACUGACCAAAGGACUCUAUUUGGGUUAUUUGAAAAUGCAGAGCUCAGUGGAUCAGAUUCAAGUGGUUGUACCAUCAAAAACCCCAAAUGUGCUCCCACAUUGCAAAAUACGGGAUAAUCCGCAUAUAUCUGCGGAGGAAUGGGAAUUCCUGAAGGGACGAAAAUCCACAAUAAUGUUUGGGCCACAGAGUGAGCAGCCGACGGAAGUUCAGCAACUUUUCCUUGAGGAUCUCACAAUAGCAGCGCACAGGUUGUUCAAAUAUAUGGACACCCCGACGGAUGAUGCCCUGAGGCAUCGUUUGUAUGAUGUGGAGGUGAUUGAAUUGAGUCCCGAUGUGAGUUUCCUGGUUAUUUGUCCACCACCGGAAUUCUCGUGCGCUGUCCCGGGGCAGAGGGAGAUUCUUCUGCAACGUGGGGACUUGCUGAGUCUACCACUGCAGGCUUUUGAGAUGAUCCACCUGAGGACGUAUCAGAAUGGAAUAAUUCAGAAGUACUCCCGACUCUCGUGUAUCCUCGAAUUGGACACUGUGCUGGCCAAUCAUUCACACCGCGAGGCAUUCUCCACAAUUGAGGUACAAGCAGCCAAGGAGAGGCUUUGCAAAUUGCAGGAACUCUCAACGAGCCUGAAUGCCGUGUGGAAGGGUGUUCGAUGGCUAAUGGAUGUGAUAAGCUUCGCGCGGGAUCGUGGAUGCAUGCCAAGCAUUGCAAUGAGGGAGAUUCUCGAGUGUCAGGAGGUGCGAGAUUCAAAGGUGGAUGAAACGAAACGACAACUGCUGCAGCCUCCACCACGAGAUGGGAAACUGAUGAAAUCUUCCCCGGGAAGGGGUUCAUGGCCUGGACCAGCAGUCUCCAGUGGCAAUGGUUUACUCGUGGCGGAGCACUCCAAAUCCGAACAACAUCUCUGUGUUGCUGGUGGUGGGAAUUCCAACAUGAGUUCACGCUACUUGAGUGCAACAUCGGAAUUUGAUGGGACUUCCCGGAAGAAUAGUGCUGAUUCCAAUUACUCCCAUUCAGGGCAUAGUUACCAUUCUGUUGGAUUUGACGGUGGUGGCCACGUUGGGUCACGCCUACCGCCGUCUAGGUCGGAGGACACGCUGACUGUGUCAAAGAAGCAACCACAUCGAAAACGAACAACAACCAUCAAUACGAGCUUUUCAGCUGCUUCAAGUCCAUUGCUCAAUAUCCGGCCAACUUAUACCGGAACCACGGAGUCUGUCCAUAGUUUGUCAAGUGAUAGUGAGACAGCCAGUUAUACAGUUCUCACGUCAACGCCAAACAAAGCAUCACGUCCACAUAGCACGAAAAUGGAGGCUUCAAUUAGCAUGACAAAUGUUAAGGCUGCUGGGGAUGAGGCAGCAGCAGCACCCACGGUUGGUGUUGUACGGAGUAGGAAGCAACUAUUUGAGCCAGAUCCAUCUACCUCAGCUGGCGCAACGUACCUCAAAUCCACCCUGUCUGCCAUACAAAAUGAAUCCCGCGCAUUGCGGGAGCAACCCCUACAUAUUGCCGAAGAUGAGCAGCCCUUUUUCCUGGCUCCGGGUCCGUCAGCUGGCACCGGGACUCGGAGCGAAAACCGCAGACAGCCUGUUGAGAUUGCCCCAGCAGGACACCACCAGCCUCUUGCAACGAAUACGCAUGCUCACGAAAAAGCGCGAACGUCCGAAUCGAAUACACCGGACACGGAAGCCCCAGCUACGGAUGUAGGUCGUGAUGCAGCAAUAAUCCAGGUGUAUGCCGCCUACGAGACAGGCCUAGCUAGUGGGACAAGUCUCAAGCUCCAUGUAACGACGAAAACCACAGCGCGUGAGGUGGUGGAUCUUGUUGUGAAGCAACUCAAUAUGGCUGUUGUGCUCAAAGGACGCGAAGGACCCAUCUAUACGGCCGAUAAGUUGGACAAUUUCUGCUUAGUGGCCGUUAUUGGGGCACGUGAGAGAUGCCUCCGGGAUGACUUUAAGCCCCUCCAAUUGCAGAAUCCGUGGAAAAAGGGGCGACUUUAUGUGCGUCAAAAGCAUGAUCUCCUAGCAGCAAUUGAGCAUUCGAAUCGUGAAGCUCAGAUGAUUUAAGAUGUGUUUAGGAAAAAUUAACUGGGGGAUGAUGGAAAAGGUAAGCCGUAUUAAUAAAUAAUCCAUUAAAACUUAUUCUGAUACCAUCCCCUUGCUCCUUCAAAAAAGUUUUAAAAAAAAACUUUUUUUUAUUGUGAGAAUUAAUAUAAAAAAAAAUUUCUCCUAAAUAGCAAAUUUUUAAUUAAUUAAAAUGAAAGCAAGAAAUUCCAUAGAAAACAUAGAAAUGAAAGCAUAAAUAGAGACGCUAUGUUGUUGGUCAAGAACUUAUAUUUAAUUCCGUUAAAGCUCUCUUUAAGCAGCCAAUAAAUACCCAAGCUGUUGCAAGAAUUUGUGUUUCUUUCUCUCUUUGUAUUAUUCUGAAAAUGAACUAAUAAAGCAAAAUGACGGUGCUUUUCUAACCUCAAUUUUUCAGAUUUUUUUUUUCUUAUUAUUUGUCUCUAACUCAGAAGUUUUCUUCCAAUAUUUUCUUCAGCAAUUUAAGUCUCCAUUUCAUCCUUUUCUUCGUUUAAUUUUUGUUCUAUUUAAAGAACUAAAAAAAAUCGCCUUUUGUUUCUAAAAGUUUAACGUUCAAAAAUCAAAUUUCAACCGUUUUGAAUUCUUGAGAAUUAAAACCAAAAAUGGCGGUGCAAAGUGUCAAUGAGCGUCCUUUCAAAAAGCUUUCACAACAUAAACGAAUAAUGGAAUUUAAGAGCAUAAAUUACUUUUUUUUUUGGUUUUAAGUAUAUUUUAUGGAGAAGUAAAAAUUUCCCUUAUUCCAUAAAAAUAAAUUAAACCACUAACAAUAUAAUAAAUCUAUAAAAAAAAAACACUUUAAAAAUAUAUAAUAGAAAGACUUAAGUCCAAAAUUGAUCUUAUGAGUAUAUAGAAGAAGAAUAAAAUCACAAAACGCAGGCGUAAUUGUUAUUGCUGUUGUUCCAACAAUAAAUUAUGAAGAAAAAAAAUUUAGAAUGAAAAGUAAUAAAAUUAAAUAUUAAAAAAAUGUAUUUAAAAUGAUGAGACAGGGUGUGAAAUUAAGGCAAUUAAAUAGGCACAUUCGCAAUUUUCCCCGAAUAUUUUUUAGCCUCAAGUGGAAACUGAAAGAAUUUUGCGAGAAAUUCCAAGAAUUUCUCUGCGGUUGGCAACACGGUGUGUUGUGAAACGAAUUGAAAAUGUUAAAGGAAAGACAGAGAGUUUAUGUAUAGGAAAGGAUUAAGACGAAAAUAUUGUAGGAAAAGUAUUAGAAUUAUUUUUCGAUUUAAAAUGAAAAAAAGAAAAUCUUAUGAUUACUAAUUUGUUUUUUAUAUUUAUUGAAUAUAUAUAAUAGCUUGUAAUUUUAGUAAGAGAUCGUGAUUUUUUCCCCUUACGAAUUAUAUAAGUUUUUUUUAGCAUGACACAGAUAAAUUUAAAAGAAAAGUUAUUUAGUAAAAAAAUGUUGAUUGUGUGCGAAUGAUGGUUUCGUAGAAAGCGUGAAAAUGAAAAAUACAUAAUAAAUGUUUCCAAUUUAGUAAAAUAAAAAAAUGAACAAAAACUAUGUAGGUAGUAUUAGUUAGUAUCCACUCACAGAGCUCCAAAAAAUGAUCAUUCAAAAAAAAAGAGAAGUAAAUGAGCAAAAAAAGGCAACAAAAAUCCCUACAUGUUGUGCCCUGGAGUGGUUUGAAAAAGAAAAAAACGUUUCCGUGGUCCAAUUUUCAUUCCUUCUCCGUUGAAAAAAAAUGUCAAGUGGAAAAUCCCAAAAUAUGCAAAAAAAAAAAACAAUUCAAAUCAAUUAAAAUUUUCCACUCUAUUGAAUCUGUAAAUAAUCAAAAUAAACAAGUAAAUAAUCUCAAAUAAUUCAUCCCGCACACACACACUUUUACAUCCUCCUCGUGCCCCUUUUAUCACGCGUAAUUCUCUGGAAAAGUAUUUAAUCUCAUGCCAUUCAAUAUCAUUUACACCACCCACCCAAUAAAUAUUUGCACGUGGAUUUUGUACGUAAAUUCCAUUGCUGUGCAAGAAAAAGUUCUACAUUGAGAACUUUUGCAUUGGCAGUGUUGUCUCUUUAUUUCUAGCAAGGGGUAAAUAUCUGGCAAUUAUUUGGAAAAUUUUGAUGCAUUUUUUGCGAUUAUUUUUUGGCUUGUUUAAUUUUUUUGGGGAAAGAAAACCAUAAGAGAAAAAUUAAAAUAUAUUAGAACAAUCUGGAUCAUUAUAGGAUAACCUAGUUCUGUAUCAAAAAAAAAAAGAUUUAAUGAUUUUUAAGUUAACUGCAUUAACUCUAAAAGAUACCGAAUAAUUUUUUUUUGAAAAUAUUUUUGAGUUGCCGAUAUUUUUCCGAAUCGGAAAUCUUAAAAAAUAAAAAUAUAUUAGGAAAAUUCAUAAUAUUAUGAAACAACCCAAUGUUAUAACAAGAGAAAAUUUACAUGAUUUUUUUUUCAGCCAAUUUAGUUGAAUAACAAUAAAAAUUUAUAAUAAAUUCCGAAUAUCAAUGAAUUUCCUCAAAUAUUCCGAAUAAUUAAUUUUCUAAAAUACGAAUAUCGCUUUAUUUUUCAUCCAGAUAGUCACCCCUUUUUUAUUUUUAUAUUUUCAAUCAAAAUCCCUAAGCAAAUAUUUAAUUAAAUAAAUAGAUAAUCCCAACAAAGGAAUGCAUUUAAAACUUUUACCCUUUUCACAAAUUUAACUGAAAAUUUACGACAUCUUAAUGUCUUGGAGAAAAAAAAUACUAUUUGGUAAGAAAAAGGAAUUUAAAAUAAAUCAAGAAUAAAAAAAAAUUAAAAAGCUUUACUUGUUAAGAAAAUUGUGUCAUAAUUUUCAAUGUCAAUUUUCAAAGAAAAAAAAGAGAUUGAGGGAAAAAAAGCUAUAUAUUGAGUGAAAAAUAUUUCAAAAAAAAAAUCUAUAAUUUUUCUACACCAUGAGAUGAUAAAAAAAUAUUUUUUAGAGCGUGCGAAUGCCAAUUGUUAGAUACAUGUGUUACAGAACUAUAUUAUAUAAAAUAUUACAUAAAAAUUUAUUUUCAACGCACUAAAAUUGAUGAAAAAAAUAUUUUAAGUAAAAAAGUAAUUGAAAAAAAUUCAAAUAAAUGUAAUAUGAAAAGUUAUACAUAUUAGAAUGAAGAAGGAAACAAAUAUUUAGAUGAAUCGUGAAAGCAAGGUAUAGGUGAAAGUGAAGAUUUAAAAAAAUAUUGGAAAGAUGAGAAAACAAUGAAAAGAACUAAUGAAAAUAAAAUAAAUGUUACUAUAAAAUACAGAAAAUAAAUUAAAAUUCCCAUAAAAAA